AUGACGCGUCCGCACGCGUCAAGCCCUGGGGUCCUCAUCAGGCGACUCCAGGGGGCUCUGGCUCGUCGCAUUCUGCCGCUCGCCGUCGCACUGACCGUCGCUUAUUUGACAUUCUUCGAGCUCGUGCGACCAAACCUGCUCUCCGCCGAUAUCGCACAGUCGUGGAAGGACACGGGCAAUCGCAUGCGAGCCAAGGAGGCCGGAGGGUGGUGGACGGGGUAUGUGCUGCUGGUGAACGCUCACCGCUGGCUCAACCAGACCGUUACCAACCGAUUCCUCUGGUGGCACCACCUCACCCUCAUUGCGCCGGACAACAUGCCCAAUGCCAGCAAGGGCCUUGUGCUCUUCUUCAUUGGGGCGGGGUGGAGCGACGACGGCAAGGACGACAGCGGGUACCACGUGCCCAAGGCGAGCGCUGUUUUCAUCCGCGUUGCUGCCCCCCUCGUGGUGGAUCUGGGCAUAAUGGGCGUGAUGCUGCACGAGGAGCCCAUGAUGCCCAUCACCUUCCACGUCACUCCACCAGGCAUCAGCAGCAGCAGGAGCCAGAAGCUUCAGGAGGAGGAGAUCGUCGCAUUCACCCUCGCGAUGGCCCUGCAAGACCCCACCACCCCCGAGUGGCCCAUCUACAUGCCCAUGGCCAAGUCUGUCAUCCGAGCCAUGGAUGCAGCGCAACUCGCCGCCAGAGAGCUCAUUCCCCACGUGCCGGUCGAGGGCUUUGUGACCGUUGGAGUGAGCAAGCGCGCGUGCAUGGCUUGGCUCUCUGCUGCUCUUGACAAGCGAGUGGUGGCGUUCAUAUCGUACGGCUACGAUCUCAUCAACUUCCAGCCCAACAUGCAGCACCUGCUCGACUCCCUGGGUGCCGUGCCCAUCCUGGGGCGGUUCUAUGCGGAUUACAACCUCACCCACUUGCUGCACUCGCCACAGAUGCGCCACAUCAUGAGCUACACGGAUCCGUACUUCUUCCGGGACCGCCUGACCAUGCCGAAGCUGCUCAUUGCCGCUUCCAACGACGAAUUCUUCUCCAUGGAUGACUCGUACUUCUAUUUCAACGAUCUGCCAGCCCCCACUCUCUUCAAGAUCGUGGCCAACCUGGACCACAUGGUCAUUCAGAUGUCGCAGUGGGCAUAUGAUGCGUCCCUCUCCGUCUUCUCCUCUCUCCUCCACAUCAACUCCUCCUGUGCCUCUCUCCCCGCCUCCUCCCGCCCCUCCCUCACCUGGACGCACCCCAUCUCCACCCCUACCACCUCCUCCUCCUCCUCAUCCUCACUCACUCAAAACCGUCUUCCUUCAAGUCUCUCAGAGGCAGAUGCAGGAGCAGCAGCGGCGUCGGCGGCGGUAGCAGCGGCGACAGCAGCACACACCCGCCCCUGGAGUUGCGUUCCCAGGCUGCCAGCUGUCGACUGGCCGCGGCUGACGUGGCGGUUUGAUUGGUCCACGUUCACUAUUCAUGCCACGUCAGACAGGAAGCCACUGGCGGUUAGAGCAUGGACGGGGCGCACCAGUCAGGGCAGCAAGAGGCGAGACUUCCGAUUCAUCGUCAAGCAGGGGCUCACCGGGUGCACGGUGCCCUUCACGAGUUUACCAAAGUCCUAUAUAGCCAAGUUCGGCACGCUGUGUGUGCAGCCCAUCCCGUUCUCCCAGUAUGCCGUCCCGCCACCUACCCUGCACCCUGACGGGCUCUGGCACUUCAGCUCAGCCGUCAAAGACAUUCCCAAGGGGAAGAGUGUGCACAAUGUGCAUGCACAUGGCCAUAUGCAUGCUCACACAUACCCGCACGAGGAGGAACACCCACAGGCCAGCCCCGCACUCCUUGGCAUGUGCGUAGCUCCCCCCACAGGAAUAGACCCUGAGUGCGAGCCACCCACGUGGGGCAGUGCGAGCCACCCACGUGGGGCAGUGCGAGCCACCCACGUGGGGCAGUGCGAGCCACCCACGUGGGGCAGUGCGAGCCACCCACCGGCGAGGGAGGAGGAGGAGGAGGAGGAGGAGGAGGAGGAGGAGGAGGAGGAGGAGGAGGAGGAGGAGGAGGAGGAGGAGGAGGAGGAGGAGGAGGAGGAGGAGGAGGAGGAGGAGGAGGAGGAGGAGGAGGAGGAGGGCUUAGAUAUGAUUUAG